AUAUAGCUGUUUGAUAGGUUCUCUUGAUCAACUUGCUUACAAUCACCACGUGAGUCACAAUUGCUCUUGCUUAAACCAUCAAUCCAAUCCCUCAAGCGUCGUCCACAAAACACUCUGCCUUGUUUCGUCAACAAUCACAGCGACAAUUUGAUCAUGGAAUACACAUAUACCAACGACCAAGGCUAUCCUCACCACGUCUGCGAUGUCGAGGGCAAUCACAUAUCGCAAUCUUCACAUACCACAAGCACUACCCAAAACCCAGCAUCUCCUCAACUCGAAUCGAACGAGUUCACAAAUUGGCGCUCCCUCGGCAAAGGAAACUGCGGCAGCGUGUGGACAACAGACAACUCCAGCUGGGCCAUAAAACGCGAAGACUGCAGCAAAACACGUUUCCUCUGGAAAGAAUACUACAUCCAGAACCGUAUCCAUACCGCCUUAUCCCACACCUCUGACAAGAUCUUGGUACCAUUUUCGUAUUGGAAUACUUCAAAGCAAGAGCUAUGGUAUUUGCCCUCGUCUGAACUGGAGAAUUGCAAUGUAAUGCGCUCCGAACGCAUUCCUCCACUCUCAGCCGGCUUUCGAAACAGAUCACUUGAUGCAGCUGUACCCAGACAUGCAGAAGAAGCAAAGAGGAUACACCUUGUGUAGCGCGUGUAUAUCUUAAAAAACGGCGUCCCAGACAUAACGCAGCGCAUUACUACAUAAAGAAUCUGCCAUUAUGUUUGAAUGUUCCGGAUGAGUUGGAGUUGCCUAUUCUAAGCUACGCGGCAGGUAUGGGAGAAGCUAUGCGAAUGAUGUGGAAUUUGUACUUGGAUCACCGAGAC